CUCUCCCUCCCUCUAUCCUAAGGCUCUUUUACUUUCACAACCAUGAAAGCCUACCUCUUCUCUCUAGCUUUCCUAUACUUGUCCCUGGUCCAAGGGCUAAACACCAGAGGGCAAGGCACAACCGUCAAAGUCUUCCAUGUCUUCAGCCCGCAGUCCCCAUUUAGGCCCUCAAAGCCAGUAUCAUGGGAAGACAGUGUGCUCCAAAUGCUGGCCGAAGAUCAAGCUAGGCUUCAGUUUUUGUCAAACUUAGCGGGCAGAAAAUCCUGGGUGCCAAUUGCUUCAGGCAGACAGAUUGUGCAGAGCCCAACUUACAUUGUUAAGGCAAAUGUCGGAACCCCAGCUCAGACAUUUCUCAUGGCUUUGGAUACCAGCAAUGAUGCUGCUUGGAUUCCUUGCAAUGGCUGUGUUGGGUGUUCCUCUACUGUGUUCAACUCUGUUACGUCCACAACCUUCAAAAGCCUCGGUUGUGAUGCUCCUCAAUGCAAGCAGGUACCAAACCCCAUUUGCGGUGGCAGCACAUGCACAUGGAACACUACCUAUGGCGGCUCCACCAUUUUAUCAAACCUCACACGGGACACAAUUGCUCUAUCUACUGACAUUGUCCCUGGCUACACUUUUGGUUGCAUCCAAAAAACCACAGGGAGCUCAGUGCCUCCUCAAGGACUUUUGGGCUUGGGGAGAGGUCCGUUGUCAUUUUUGUCUCAAACCCAAGGCCUAUACAAAUCCACAUUCUCAUACUGCUUGCCUAGCUUUAGGACUCUCAACUUUUCCGGGACAUUGAGGCUUGGACCAGCUGGCCAGCCCCUGAGGAUCAAGACCACACCACUGCUCAAGAACCCAAGGAGAUCAUCACUAUACUAUGUGAACUUGAUUGGAAUUAGAGUUGGUAGGAGGAUUGUUGAUAUUCCUGCAAGUGCUCUGGCAUUCAAUCCAACAACUGGUGCUGGGACCAUCUUUGAUUCAGGCACUGUUUUCACCAGACUGGUUGCCCCAGCUUACACCGCGGUCCGUGAUGAGUUCAGGAAGCGGGUUGGCAAUGCAACCGUGUCAUCCCUAGGUGGGUUCGACACAUGUUACACAGGACCAAUCGUCGCACCCACCAUGACAUUCAUGUUCUCAGGCAUGAACGUAACAUUGCCACCAGACAACCUACUAAUUCGCAGCACUGCCGGUAGCACCUCUUGCUUGGCCAUGGCUGCAGCCCCUGAUAAUGUGAAUUCUGUGCUGAACGUGAUAGCCAACAUGCAGCAACAAAACCAUAGGAUUCUUUUUGAUGUGCCCAAUUCAAGGAUUGGUGUGGCUCGGGAGCCUUGUUCUUGAUUUUGUUUGCUUUGUUUUUUUCUUGGAAGUGUCGUGUGAUGUGAAAUGUCUUUGCUUGAUGGAAUCUUAUUGCUUGGACUUGUCACUGACAUAGAAAGAGGGAAGGUGAGGGAGCAUGAGAUAAAAUUGAUGUCAUUUUGUAGGCUUUUGUGUACUUGGUGUCACGGGUUCUCUGUAUGGGUCUAGGUCUUUUCUUUUCUUUUUCUUUGGAGUUGAUGAUAUAUCUUAAACGGCUGUAUCAGUGCCACGGGUUGCCUACAGGUGUUUCAAGUCUUACCCUGAAGAAAUUGUUCUAAAACUCCAUAAAUAAUUAUAGCUGUUUAAUCUAAUGUUUCUCUUUUUUUU